GGCUUCCGGGUGGAGGGUUAGCGAGCAGCCCGCCAGCGAAGUGGAGCGGAGCUGGGCUCUGCAGUUGGGGACCCCGAGGGGGCGGGCGCCAGAGGGGCGGAGCUCCGAGGCAGGGGCCGCGGCAGCGGUCCAGAGGGUCUGCGGGGGCUGCUUCGGCCGGACCCGAGGACUGGCGCCUCUUUGAGCCAGUGACCGUGACAUCGCGAGUGGGCCCCGCGCGCCGUCUUUAGCGCGCCUCGUGGAGACCCACGGCCGACGGGCCGGCGCUGCCCGGGGUGAGGGAGCCUGGGCCAGGACGCCAGAAAGUACUACACACGGUCUCUGCAUGAUGUGACUUCUGAAGACUCAAGAGCCACCCACCUAACUAGUCUGCAAUGGAGAAGGCAGAAGUGGAAAUUCAAACACCACGGUUCCAUUCUAUUAAAUCUGUAGACAUGUGCCCCCACUGCAGGGAGUGAGUUGCACCAAGGGGGAAAGUCCUCAGGAGCCCCCAGACCACCAGCACUCGUGUCCCUCUCCCUGGACAGAAAGCAGAACUAUGGCACUUUAUAGCUGCUGUUGGAUCCUCUUGGCUUUUUCUACCUGGUGCACUUCUGCCUAUGGGCCUGACCAGCGAGCCCAAAAGAAAGGGGACAUUAUCCUCGGGGGUCUCUUUCCUAUUCAUUUUGGGGUUGCAGCAAAAGAUCAGGAUCUAAAGUCGAGGCCGGAGUCUGUGGAGUGUAUCAGGUAUAAUUUCCGUGGAUUUCGCUGGUUACAAGCUAUGAUAUUUGCCAUAGAGGAAAUAAAUAGCAGUCCAGCCCUUCUUCCCAACAUGACCCUGGGAUACAGGAUAUUCGACACCUGUAACACCGUCUCUAAAGCCUUGGAGGCCACCCUGAGUUUUGUGGCCCAGAAUAAAAUCGACUCUUUGAACCUUGAUGAGUUCUGCAACUGCUCAGAGCACAUCCCCUCUACAAUCGCAGUGGUGGGAGCUACUGGCUCGGGCAUCUCCACGGCAGUGGCCAACCUGCUGGGGCUCUUCUACAUCCCCCAGGUCAGUUAUGCCUCCUCCAGCAGACUCCUCAGCAACAAGAAUCAGUUCAAGUCCUUCCUCCGCACCAUACCCAACGAUGAACACCAGGCCACCGCCAUGGCUGACAUCAUCGAGUACUUCCGCUGGAACUGGGUGGGCACAAUUGCAGCUGACGAUGACUACGGCCGGCCAGGGAUCGAGAAAUUUCGAGAGGAAGCUGAGGAGAGGGACAUCUGCAUCGACUUCAGCGAGCUCAUCUCCCAAUACUCUGAUGAGGAAGAGAUCCAGCAGGUGGUGGAGGUGAUCCAGAAUUCCACCGCCAAAGUCAUCGUCGUCUUCUCCAGCGGCCCAGACCUGGAACCCCUCAUCAAAGAGAUCGUUCGGCGCAAUAUCACAGGCAGGAUCUGGCUGGCCAGUGAGGCCUGGGCCAGCUCUUCCCUGAUUGCUAUGCCCGAGUAUUUCCAUGUGGUCGGAGGCACCAUUGGGUUUGGUUUGAAGGCUGGGCAGAUCCCAGGCUUCCGGGAAUUUCUGCAGAAAGUCCACCCCAGGAAGUCUGUCCACAAUGGUUUUGCCAAGGAAUUUUGGGAAGAAACAUUUAACUGCCAUCUGCAAGAGGGUGCUAAAGGACCGUUACCCGUGGACACCUUCCUGAGAGGGCACGAAGAAGGAGGUGCCAGGAUAAGCAAUAGUUCCACUGCCUUCCGACCUCUGUGUACAGGGGAGGAGAACAUCAGCAGUGUUGAGACCCCUUACAUGGAUUAUACACAUUUACGGAUAUCCUACAAUGUCUACUUAGCUGUCUACUCUAUUGCUCAUGCCCUACAAGAUAUAUACACCUGCAUACCUGGGAGAGGGCUCUUCACCAACGGUUCCUGUGCAGAUAUCAAGAAGGUUGAAGCUUGGCAGGUCCUGAAACACCUGCGGCACCUAAAUUUUACCAGCAAUAUGGGGGAGCAAGUAACUUUCGAUGAAUGUGGAGACCUGGCAGGGAACUAUUCCAUCAUCAAUUGGCACCUCUCCCCAGAGGACGGCUCCAUAGUAUUUAAGGAAGUUGGAUAUUACAAUGUCUAUGCCAAGAAAGGAGAGAGACUCUUCAUCAAUGAUGAAAAAAUCCUGUGGAGUGGAUUCUCAAGGGAGGUGCCUUUCUCCAACUGCAGCCGAGACUGCCUGCCAGGGACCAGGAAGGGCAUCAUCGAGGGGGAGCCCACGUGCUGCUUUGAGUGCGUGGAGUGUCCGGAUGGGGAGUACAGCGACGAGACAGAUGCAAGUGCCUGUGAUAAGUGCCCUGAUGACUUCUGGUCCAAUGAGAACCACACUUCCUGCAUCGCCAAGGAGAUCGAGUUUCUGUCCUGGACCGAGCCCUUUGGGAUCGCACUCACGCUCUUUGCUGUGCUGGGCAUUUUCCUCACAGCCUUUGUGCUGGGUGUCUUCAUCAAGUUCCGCAACACGCCCAUCGUCAAGGCCACAAACCGGGAACUCUCCUACCUCCUCCUCUUCUCCCUGCUCUGCUGCUUCUCCAGCUCCCUGUUCUUCAUCGGAGAGCCCCAGGACUGGACCUGUCGCCUGCGCCAGCCGGCCUUUGGCAUCAGCUUCGUGCUCUGCAUCUCGUGCAUCCUGGUGAAAACCAAUCGGGUCCUCCUGGUGUUUGAGGCCAAGAUUCCCACCAGCUUCCACCGCAAGUGGUGGGGGCUCAACCUGCAGUUCCUGCUGGUCUUCCUCUGCACCUUCAUGCAGAUUGUCAUCUGUGCCAUUUGGCUCAAUACGGCGCCCCCCUCGAGCUAUCGCAACCACGAGCUAGAGGAUGAGAUCAUUUUCAUCACCUGCCACGAGGGCUCGCUCAUGGCGCUGGGCUUCCUGAUCGGCUACACCUGUUUGCUGGCCGCCAUCUGUUUCUUCUUCGCCUUCAAGUCCCGGAAGCUGCCGGAGAACUUCAACGAAGCCAAGUUCAUCACCUUCAGCAUGCUCAUCUUCUUCAUCGUCUGGAUCUCCUUCAUCCCCGCCUACGCCAGCACUUACGGCAAGUUCGUCUCUGCGGUGGAGGUGAUCGCCAUCCUGGCGGCCAGCUUUGGCUUGCUGGCCUGCAUCUUCUUCAACAAGGUCUACAUCAUCCUCUUCAAGCCGUCCCGGAAUACCAUCGAGGAGGUGCGCUGCAGCACCGCGGCACACGCCUUCAAGGUGGCCGCCCGAGCCACACUGCGCCGUAGCAACGUCUCCCGCCAGCGGUCCAGCAGCCUGGGGGGCUCCACGGGAUCCACCCCCUCCUCCUCCAUCAGCAGCAAGAGCAACAGCGAGGACCCCUUCCCGCAGCAGCAGCCGGAGAGGCAGAAGCAGCCGCAGCCGCUGGCCCUGAGCCCACACAACGCGCAGCAGCCACAGCCGCGGCCACCCUCGACCCUGCAGCCGCAGCCACAAUCGCAGCAGCCGCCGAGAUGCAAGCAGAAGGUCAUCUUCGGCAGCGGCACCGUCACCUUCUCGCUGAGCUUUGACGAGCCUCAGAAGAGCGCCGUGGCUCACAGGAAUUCCACGCACCAGACCUCCCUGGAGGCCCAGAAAAACAACGACGCCCUGACCAAACACCAGGCGCUGCUCCCGCUGCAGUGCGGGAAGACGGACUCGGAACUGAUCGCCCAGGAGACAGGCCUGCAGGGCCCUGUGGGUGAGGACCACCAGCUAGAGAUGGAGGACCCCGAAGAGAUGUCCCCGGCACUUGUAGUGUCUAAUUCCCGGGGCUUUGUCAUCAGCGGCGGAGGCAGCACUGUUACAGAAAACAUGCUGCGUUCUUAAAAGGGAAGGAGAAAGUGAGUUCAGGGGGAAUCCAGGCAGUUUUCCCAGGAUGACCUUCUCCACAGGGAUGAGGAACUGCCCCCUGGCUCCCUUCCUCCAGGAAGGAGGGAUAAGACCCACCAAAUGCUUGGAACUUAGCUGCACUGCUAUAAACGACAGUGAAUGAAAUAAUGUCCCCAUUAAAAUGAAAAAGAGGGGAGCGGUGUGCUUCUGUGGUUAGGUUAUCAGAGUGCUGAGAUCCCUGUAGUCAGGUUCACCUUUCCUAUCCCUGCUUCCAUUCUCCUCUUCUGUUCUAUCCCACCCAACAGUCCAGAGAUAAAACCGUGACUUUAAGAUACCCACCUAUUCCCCCUAGGGUUUUCUUUCUUGUUUUUGUUGCUGUUGUUUUGGUUUGAUUUUUGUUUUUAAUGUUGAAACAUCUGCCCUGAACUUUGCAGACAGCCUGGUCCAGAGACAAACCUGUGCAGAGUGACAGGACCUCAUAUUGGCCACCACUAGAGUUGAGUGUGAAAGACAGAAUGUCACCAGUUCUGCCCAACACCUUGACAGUGGGAAGAACUUGAAAUGUCCAAAGCUGUAAGGUGAAUGUGUCCCCUCCUAUUUAUAAAAACUGUUAAAUAUGUGCUCUCCUACUUGCUGCUGCUGUCAUGUGACGUGGAGAAGGUUAGCAUCCAUCCCCUAACAGUACGUCUGAUUUUGUCCAGAGUGUGAUGGUGAUGCCAUGUGUAGAUUCCAAGAUCUCAGGAAUCACCUCAGACUGCUGGGAAGGGACUGCACGAAUCCAGUGAACUGUAUCUGUAAUUAAUAUUGUCAUAUGUAGCUUUAUCCUUAAGAAAAUGCUUCUGUUUUAAUAGUCCAUGGAAACUGGAAAAAAUGUCCCAGUCUGGUUGAUAUAAGGCAGUAUUAUUGAGUUCCAUUUUCUUUGCCUACCCCACCACCCACACCCCAAUGAGCUAAGCCCUAAAUGAGCCCUUUCAGGGCCCAGUGAUCCAGAAACUCCCUCUUUCUCCACUCCAAACGCUUCCUGAAGUCAGAUGCAUGCCUUCCCCUGUGAAGAAUAAGCUCCCAGUCUCUGACCUCCUACCAGUUUCUGGGAUAAGAGCACAUGGUUCCAACAGAGCUCUCGUGGGUUAUUACUCUUGGCACUCCCCAAUGCCGUACUUAGGUUCCCUCCAGCAGUGGGAGUCUGCCCAUGGGUAGUUACAAGAUUGAAUGUUGAACGGCAUACUGCUGAACAGUCAGGUUCUGGAGCUAGAGAGACCUGAGGUCAAGUGCUGGGUUUGUCAUUCACAAGUUGGGUGACCACAGGCAGGGAACCUUGACCUCACUCAGCCCCAGCUUCUUUGUGUCUAAAAUGGAGGUAUAAUCAUUCUUUUCCCUCAGAGCUCUUAUAUGGGUUAAAUGAGAUAAAUGUAUGUAAAGUAUUUUAGCAUGGUGCCUAGCCCAUAGUAAGCACGCAAUAAAUGUUAGUUAAUAUUAUUACUGAUAUUGUAAUUUUUUUCACUUGUUUAAAAUAGAAAACACAUUUAUUUAACCAUUCACACUUUAACAACAAACCCACUGAUCACACUAACUUUCUCCAUAAUAAGCCCAAGAACUCUAGGGCCCAGCCCAAGGGGUCCUGAACACCAUAGCUCAUGGUGAAGCCGAACAUCAGUCCCCUAAGGGCCCCAUGCUCCCCCCACCUCUGUGGUGUCAGAACCAAGAUGUCUAGCACCAAGGGAAGACCAUCCCAGUCUGGCAGCCGACUCUCAGAUCUCUCUAAAUGCUGCUUUUAAGCCAGUCAAACCUGUGUGACGCCACAAAGUUUACAGUUCUUGAUGACUUUCUGACCAUUUUCUUCCAAAAGGGCCACCUUUCCUUGAUUUUUAACAUGAAAAUGAAUUGUGAAAGGGACUUCCCUGGUAGGCCGAUGGUAAAGACUCCAUGCUGCCAAUGCAAGGGAUGCAGGUUCGAUCCCACGUGCCACAUGCCACACAACAAGGCCAAAAUAUUAAAAAAAUUAAAGUUGAAAGUUUGAAAAAAAAGACUUGUGGAAAUUACAAUUGUCAAUCUGGAUGAAAAGACACUAGAGGGUGUCAUGUAGGAGACACAGAGAAGGUCUCACACAGGAAGAUCUGAGGCAUCUGCUCCCCCAAACCAGACCCAGCCUGCCACUCCAACCCUGGUCACACCUCUGAGCAAAGCCCAGAGCAGAGUAAAGACUUAUAUUUAGCAUUUUACUUGGACUUUUUUUUAAAAAAGACUGAACAUUUGAUGGCUUGUUUUUUCUAAUUUUUCUAUUUGCUUGUUUUAAAUACAAGUUUUUAUCUUAUUUUUAUUUUGCUGGUCAAAGCAGCCAAGUGGAAGCAGCUACUUGGCAAUGCAAAAUGCCACACACUCAUCCAUCCCAAGUUUGCUUUGACAAGUGGCUCACCCUCAUGGCUGAGCUGGAGGAAGAGGUUGCUCAGGGAAAACACACACCAUUCACGGUGAGCUCCACCUCAACGAGUGCUUGCAAAUAAAGUGGCCUCUCCCUACCUUCUUGUCAGAAAGGGAGACUGAACAUCACUGUCCUCUGUCAUUUGUAGCAGGCAUGACUCUCAGCACACAAUCAGGGUGUCAGUUAUGAAUCUGCAUUAUUUUUCUGUCACAACCUAGUUUCCUCUCAAAUUCCUAUUCAGCCUGACAGAAACUUCAUUUCAGUCAAACUGGGGGUUUUCUCUUGAAUUUCAGAAUUUUCUGAAUCAAUUUAGGUUUUCAGGGGUCUGUUCAGAGGUUUCUCCCUUCCCCCUUCUAUAGUGUGAGGAGGUAAGUUUCCCCAAACAUCCACAGCUCCUGUUGACAUCUCUAAGAACACUGUUUUUUUCUUUUAUCUUUUUUAGAUGUGGACCGUUUUUAAAGUCUUUAUUGAAUUUGUUACAACAGUGCUUCUGUUUUAUGUUCUGAGUUUUUGACCUGGAGGCAUGUGGGAUCUUAGCUCUCUGACCAGGGGUUGCACCUGUACCCAUUGCGUUGGAAGGUUAAGUCUUAACCACUGGACCGCCAGGGAAGUCCCUCUGAGAACAUUCAUAUCUAGCCCCCAGUAAUUGUUAUGUCUCCAUUCUGACAUCCUCUGAGACAUCUGUGUCCCCAGGGCAUAGAAUCCACAGUGAUUUUCGUGGCUGCAUCACUUUGUCCCAACCACGAGGCCCCUCCCAGGCCUGCCAGAUCUCUCAUGAGAAAGCACUGGGACCUGGGAAUUACCAGGCAGGUCUCAGGCUCUUCUCUCCUUGCCCUCCACUGCCAAAGAAAUUCCUAAUUCCUUCACAGGGUUGUUUGACAAAAAAAAAAACUUAACUACCUCCCAUGCACUCAACACCCAUGACACAGGGAUCCAGACACUGGAACCUUCAUUGCAGCUGGAGGAACCAAAGUUCUCUGCCACUGUGCUUGGCCCCAUUCAUAUCACCUUUCUAAGAUUCCCAUCAGUCACAUGCAGAACUCUUCCAAAGGAAGUUUGGGAAAGUGGCCUUUGCCCUCCAACCUCUGGAGUACAGGACGACUGUGCUGGAGGAAGGUGGGUGAUGAAUGAGCCAGUCUGCAGUAUCCACUGCCCACAAACAAAGCAUUUUUUAAGAUCAAACACAAAAUGAAAAACACACCCUGCUGAGAAAAAAUAAGCAAAAUUUGAUUCCCUUUCAUCUUAACAGCUGUGGUAAAUCAGAAAGAUACUGUGAAGACAGAACUGCAUACGGCAUUUUGCCAUGAAAGAGAGGCUGCUAACAGAUAAAAGAGAGAGCAAGCAGGGGCAAG